CGUACAAAAAGCUCUGUAUGAAUUUCUAAAGAAAAUUACUGAUUGUGAAAAAAGCACAAUGGUAACUAUAGUGUCGUGUGUCCAAGAGCCCAACACAAUGCUCCCUACGUGAGAGAUGAGGGAAAAUGAGUUCUCUUUGACUUCCUGUAGAAAGAACCUUCCGUGCUUUGUUCCUGCUCUCAGCGAUGGCGACUGCUGAUCUGAGAGACGAGCUGAGCUGCUCCAUUUGCCGGGACAUUUAUACCGAUCCGGUGUCCCUGCCCUGUGGCCAUAACUUCUGCCGGGGCUGCAUUGGGAAGACAUGGGACUGGCAGAAGAGCAUAGAGGAAGAUCCAUCAUGUCCUGAAUGCAGGCAGAGAUACAGGAGACAACCUGAACUGAAAAGGAACCUGAGGCUGAGUAACAUAGCGGAGCGAUUCCUUUCUACUCACCCAGAGCAUGAUGGGACGGGGAUCUACUGCACUUACUGUAUACACUAUCCAGUACCUGCUGCUCAAUCCUGUCUGCAGUGUGAGGCUUCUCUAUGUGAUGCCCACGUGAGGGUCCACAGCAAGUCAGCAGAACAUGUCUUAACUGAACCCACCGCCAACCUGGGGAACAGAAAAUGUUCUGCCCACAAUGAGCCCCUAAAGUAUCUCUGCUGUGAGGAUGGGGCCCCUAUCUGUGCCUCUUGCUGCCUGGCCGGGGGGCACCGGGGCCACAGGGUGGAGCUGCUGAGUGAGGCCUCUGAGAAGAAGAAAGAGAAACUGAGGAAAGUUCUGGAGAAACUGAGCCCAGAGAGAGAGGAGACUGAGAGAGGAGCCCAGAGGCUGCAGGAGCGCAGGAGAGAAUUAGAGGAAAAAGCCGCCAUUGAGACAGAGAGAGUCACUGCCCUGUUUAGGGGCAUCAGGGAAGAGCUGGAAGCCCUAGAGAAGCGACUCCUGAGUGACAUCUCCAGGCAGAAAGAGGAGCUCACACUCACACUCACUGAGCUGAUCCAACAGCUGGAAAUAAAGAAGGACGAGCUGUCCAGGGAGAUCCGGCACAUUGAGGAGCUGUGCAACAUGGCAGAUCCAUUCACUGUCCUACAGGAACAGGAAUCCCAUGGAGCUGACUUUUGUGGGGCUGAGGGGGCAGAUAAUGGGGGCAGAGAGGGUACUGAGGGGGCAGAUAAUGGGGGCAGAGAGAGAAAGGGUAUAAAGGUCCCGGCUGUAGGGGAUCUGGAUGUGGGUGGGAUCUCCGAGACAUUACUCACAGGCUUAGCUGGGAUUGUGACUGGGGUAGAGGGAAGGUGGGUCUAUGGGUCGGAGGCUACAGAGCUGGUACUGGAUACAAACACGGCUGCUAAUAAUGUGUCUGUAUCAGGGGAUGGGAAAUCUGCCUCCUACUCACAUACAGACCAGUGUUACCCCCCGAAACCAGAAAGGUUUCAGAUUUACCCCCAGGUUUUAAGCACCAGGAGUUUCCCCUCAGGGCGACAUUACUGGGACGUGGAGGGCAGUGAAUCAGCGGAGUGGUGCAUAGGGGCGGCCUAUCCCAGUAUAGCGAGGGGGGGGAGACAGUCCUGUAUUGGGGAUAAUGGCAAGUCCUGGUGUUUGUGCAUAGAGAACAAUACCUACUCGGUCAGACAUGACAGCAAACAAACUGAUUUACCCCACGCCCCUUCCUGCAGGAGAAUCAGGAUCUCAUUGGACUAUGAGGCCGGACGCCUGUCCUUCUAUGAGCUGAGUGAGCCAAUCAGGCACUUACACACCUUCACUGCCUCCUUCACUGAGCCCCUUCAUGCUGCAUUCUGGGUAUGGUGGGCCGAUUCCUGCAUAAAGAUUAUCAAUUAAUCAACCGACACACCCGACGCCAUAUUUAAUUUGGGCACCAUAUUCACUGAGGGACGUUAUGUCAGUAAGGUAAAAUAAUGUACCCGCCGGCGAUAUUAAUCAUUUCCCAUGAACUAUAUUGAUGUUAUACGUUAGUAUAAAUAAAAUAACCUUUGUAUG